GAGACAUUGAACCGGUCCCGACUUUAGUACCACUACACGGCGCCGCAGAAUUGUUUAUAAAUAAUAACAAUAAAAAAAAACAACAACAACAACAACAACAACAACAACAACGAGAUAUAACAAGAUCUGGAACAAAGGAAAAACCUAUAACAUCGAUAAAAAAAAUAUUAUUCGUAACUCGAACACGACCGAUAAUACACCCACCACCCUCCGUGACAAAGAGAGUGAAAAUAUAAAUAAAUUGAAAAACAAAAAAAAAAACGUGUAACAAAUUUCACAAAUCCUCCACUCAGUUUUUGGAUAACGCAUGUCCAACGUGAUUCGUGGAAAGCAGAACGAAUGACCCAAAAAAAAAAAAAAAAAUGAAUCGUUGAUGUCACUUUAAAAUGCCGGAGUACUUUUCGCACGUGCCUGUCAAGAUCGUGUCAUUUCCAACAUAAAUAAAGAGUUUUUUUUUUUUUUAUUUCAUUGGUUAUUUAUUUAUUUAUUUAUUUACUUUAUUUUCUCUCUACUUUUAUCGUGACAAUCCGAAUCGUGGUAAAUUAUGUGUCACCUUCGAGAGGAGUUUUAAAAAUCACAGUAAUUCCGUCAUUAAAACAUCUGGCGUGAAAAUAAAAAGCCAACCGGGCGUUCGUUCGUUUGUAUACGAAUCGCGUGUCACCGGCGAUUUUGUCUGAAAAUAAAAGUGAUCGAUCGGAGAACAGGAGGAGGAAAUAUUUGAGGAGACGACAAAAAAAAAAAAAAAAAAAUGAAGGAAUUUUUUUGUUUCUCCAAAAUGACUCGUGCAUCGCUGAUUGUUAUCGCUGGAUACUUGACCUUAGUUUUGGGCCAAGACGCCGCGAACAAAUCGUCGAACCUUCCAGUGUUGAAUGAACCGGAAUUUUUCACUCCCGAGUACAUUUUACCGUGUUCGAGGGGCGACCCCGCAAUCGACCUGUGCAUCCAGAAGGCCUUCAACCAUUUGAGGCCCUAUUUGGUCAGAGGUAUUCCGGAACUGGAACUCCCGCCGAUCGAGCCGCUGACCAUACCGGAAUUGGGGAUGCAGAAUGGCCAAGGCGCCGUAAGGGUCAGCGCCCUGUUCAGGAACAUCACGGCCGUUGGACCGGGUAAUUUUUCGGUGAACAAAGUACGCGUCGAUAUACCUAUACUGAGAAUCGAUCUUCACCUCACCAUACCGAAGAUUGAACUUCAGGGACGUUACGAAGUAGCAGGAAAUGUUCUACUCUUUCCAAUUCAAAGUCAAGGCGAAUUCUGGGCGGUAUUCGGCGAGGUGGCGGCCAUCGCUCGAGUCCAGGGUGUUGAGGAGAUCCGCGACGGUGUGCGUUACAUGAGGAUAUCUCAGCUGGUGGUCGACUUCAGUCUCGGUCGGGCUCGUUUCCGCGUGGUCGACGAGUUGAACGGAAACAACGUGAUCGGACAAGCUAUGAAUCAGUUCCUCAACCAGAACGCUAAGGAGAUCAUCGAGGAGAUGAGACCGGCUGCCAGCAAGAGCAUCGCCGAACAUUUCAAGGGAUUCCUCAACAAAGCGUUCACCAAAGUACCCAUGAAAGUUUGGCUACACGACGCGUAGAUAUUCAAGCUUUUUAGCAUCGAAGACUCGCUUCACCGAUUGUUUGUUAGUUUUUUUUUUUUAUUGUCAAUCAACGAUAUACCUUAUUAUUCUACUUGCACGCAUCUACUACGGAGCUUCGGGUCCCUAUAUGCUUCAAGACUGCGAUGGAGAGUGUGUUCCGAAAGCACUUGUGCUUUUCUUUCUAUUUUUCUUAUUUUUUUCUUUUGUUUGUUUUUUUUUGUUUUUUUUUGUUUUUUUAUCUCUCGAAGCGUACAAGCCGCGAUCUUUGUUCUUAAAAAUGCAUUCCAGUAUUUGAAUUUGUUUUAUUAUAUUCCAUUUUUCAAUUUAUGUUAAUAAUUUGAUCAAUCACGGAUUGUAAGUUGUACGAUCGGAUCACAUUGCGUAUUAUCACUUGAUCCUACCGGUUACUUUUCACCUUAUCGCGUAGACUAGGUUUUAUUAUUAUCAUUAUCAUUUGUUACUAUUAUUAUUAAUACCAUCCUUAUUGUAAUUGGUUUUUGUUUUUUUUGUUUUUUAUUAUUAUUAUUAUUAUUAUUAUCGUUGCGGUAGAAUGAAAACCAUUUUUAACGUAUAUACCGUAGCGCCGCGCUACACGUGUAGCGCGCUGUAAUUUGAAUUGUAAUAAGUGGAAUUUCACAGUUUUUAUCUACGAAUAGUACAGUUAUCUGUGUGUACUCGAGAAAUGAAUUUCUACCGGAAUUUGUAAAUAUAAAUAUAGAAAUUAUUAUAGAAUCGAUGAAUAAAUAACGAAUAUACGUACAUAUACCGUACGCACACGUAACACAACAUCCAAGCGGUGUCACGUAGAAACAUAUAAUUCAAUUUUACGAAUAAAUGAAUUUAAUACGUUGCUGUUAUGUGGAGUGAAGAAAUAAAAAAACGAAAUAUGAAAUAAAAAAAAAAAAACAAAAAAAAACAAAAAAAAAAAAAACAAGAAAAAAUCAUUGAAAAAUGAUAAGAAAUUGCGAGUAAUAUCGCUGACAAAUUUACAAUUUACAAGUAACGUUUAUAAGUAACAACAUAACCAGAAAUUUGAAGUUUAUAUUCCGAUAAGAAACUAAAUUUUAAAUUAGAAGUCAACCGACCGUUGUACUCAAUAUAAUUCCGGAUAGUAAAUAUAUGAUGUGUGGGUGAUGACCUCGAAUUAAAACGCCAAAA